CGUUUGUUUUGAAGAAUUUAUGUUGCUCUUAAUUUUAGAGGUUAUGUUUCAUCUAGUUUCAUAAGACACCUCACUUACGUGUUAUUACUAUUCGUAUCUGUCUCAUGCAGCAGUAGUUUAUUUAAAGAAAUAUUUAUGGUUGUAAGACUAGUUAUUGAUAACGUUUGAUAUUCUACAAUAAUCGAUUUUAACAAUUUUGCCAUGGCUACUUGGGAGGAAAAGAAAACUCUUAUUACUCGCAAUUUGCAAGAAGUUUUGGGUGAUGAAAAGCUUACAGAAAUCGUGAAGCAAAGAGACCUUAAAAUCUAUUGGGGCACAGCAACAACUGGUCGGCCCCAUGUUGCUUAUUUUGUGCCCAUGUCAAAGAUAGCCGACUUUCUAAUGGCUGGCUGCGAGGUGACAAUAUUGUUUGCUGACUUACAUGCCUAUUUAGACAAUAUGAAGGCCCCUUGGGAACUUCUAAACCUCCGCACUCAAUAUUAUGAAGCUGCCAUCAAAGCUAUGCUUCAAUCUAUUGGUGUACCGUUAGAGAAAUUAAAAUUUGUUAAGGGUACUGAUUACCAGCUUAGUAAAGAGUACACACUUGAUGUGUACCGCAUGUCAUCUGUCAUUACUGAGCAUGAUGCUAAAAAGGCAGGAGCCGAAGUUGUGAAGCAAGUUGAUCAUCCUUUACUAAGUGGUCUUUUGUAUCCUGGAUUGCAAGCCUUAGAUGAGGAGUAUUUGAAAGUAGAUGCCCAAUUUGGUGGAGUGGAUCAAAGAAAAAUCUUUACAAUGGCUGAAAAAUACUUACCACAGUUAGGGUAUGCUAAGAGAGUCCAUUUAAUGAAUCCUAUGGUACCUGGUCUUACUGGUGGAAAAAUGUCAGCAUCAGAAGAAGAUAGCAAGAUUGAUCUUUUAGACAACCCUGCUAAUGUAAAGAAGAAGCUAAAAAAAGCUUUUUGUGAACCUGGAAAUAUUACUGACAAUGGUGUUCUAUCCUUUACAAAGUAUGUUGUAUUUCCAUUGAUGAAAAGUGGUGAAACAUUCAAGAUUACUAGAGCUCCUGAACAUGGGGGUAAUGUAGAAUAUACAAAUUUUGAAGAUCUUGAAAGUGCUUAUGCUAAGCAGGAAAUUCAUCCUGGAGAUUUAAAAGCUAGUGUUGAGUUAGCUAUAAACAAGCUUUUAGGGCCUGUUCAAGAAGUAUUCAAACAGCCCAAGCUACAAGAGUUGGCCAAAAAGGCUUACCCACCUCCAACUAAAGGUAAAGGAAAUGCCCCUGCCACUGAUGAAAUAACACCAGCCAAACUUGAUAUUAGAGUUGGGCGUAUAGUAGAAGUUUCCAGGCAUCCAGAUGCCGAUGCUCUCUAUGUUGAGAAGAUUGAUUUAGGUGAGGCAGAACCAAGAACUGUAGUUUCUGGUUUGGUUAAUUUUGUGCCUAUAGAAGAAAUGCAAAAUCGAGAUGUAGUGGUCCUAUGUAAUUUGAAACCAGCUAAAAUGCGUGGUGUAGAAUCUAAGGGUAUGGUGCUCUGUGCUUCUGUUGAUGAACCUAAACAAGUUGAACCACUAUUUGCCCCAGAAGGCAGUAAACCAGGUGAUAGAGUGGUAAUAGAGGGUUAUGAAACAGGGGAACCUGAUGAGGUUUUGAAUCCUAAGAAAAAAGUUUGGGAAAAAUUGGCAGUUGACCUAAAAACUAAUGACAGCCUUCAAGCAGUUUGGCAAGAUAAUAAAUUGAUUAGUAAAGUUAAUGGCAAUCCUGUCUUAACUAAAUCUAUGAAGAAUGCACCUAUCAAAUAGUUGCUUAAUUAUUGAUUAAAACUGUUGCUGGAACUAUGGCAUUUUUUUGCAUUAUGCAUAUUUUUUUCACUAUAAGUACUCUUCCAACAGGUUUAUUUAUUUAUGACUUACAAAUCAAUAAAUAUUUUUUUUAGA